UUCAGUUCAUUCAUUCAUUCUCUUCAACGAAAAGCAAACCCUAAUUCGCUCCAAGAAACCCCCAAAUUGAAAUCCCUAAUUCGUAUAAACCUAGUUAAUCUCUGUCCUCUGCUACUGCUGCUGAUUGAAGUCGAAGAAGAAGAAGAAGAAGAUGGUGGUGGAAACGGAACUCAUCUGUCAACAACAGACCAUUCCCGUUUUGGAUGUUAAGUAUCACCUUCACGUCGCGCAAGAACACGCUCUCAAGGUUGAGGUUUCACCUUCCUCCAAUGCCGGUAUUCCAGUCUUUAGCCAUGUCAAGGCUUCCUCCGAUUUGGGUUCUGCUGAAACGCCGCGUUUUGAAUCGGCUGUGAGUUGCACUGCUCCGGCGGCUAUGAAGUUUACCCCAAAAGUUCGUUCUGGUAGCUGUACUGAUAUUGGACCGAGGGGGUCUAUGGAUGAUGAGCACAUUCAAAUAGAUGAUCUAGCUGCCCAUCUUGGAUUUGUGUUCAAGUAUGCUAUACCGAGUGCUUUUUAUGCGGUUUUUGAUGGUCAUGGAGGGCCUGAUGCAGCUGCUUUUGUUAAGGAGAAUGCUAUGAGAUUGUUUUUUGAAGAUGCUGAUAUGUUACAAUCAUAUGAUGCUGAUGCGGUUUCUCUGAAGAGGUUGGAAGAUUCUCAUCGGAGAGCUUUUUUAGUUGCAGAUCAUGCCUUGGCUGAUGAAAAGUGUGUUAGCAGUUCCUGCGGGACAACAGCGUUAACUGCACUUAUACUUGGAAGGCAUUUGCUGGUUGCGAACGCUGGUGAUUGUCGAGCUGUUCUUUGUCGGCGAGGAGUUGCUGUUCAGAUGACUGAAGACCACAGACCUAGUUAUUUACCUGAACGCAGGAGAGUGGAGGAGUUAGGUGGUUUUAUUGAUGAUGGGUAUCUCAAUGGCUAUCUUUCAGUCACUCGUGCCCUUGGGGAUUGGGACUUGAAACUUCCACUUGGUUCUGCGUCGCCUCUUAUUGCUGAGCCAGAUGUUAAAGUGGCCACAUUGACAGAGGAUGAUGAGUUUUUGAUCAUUGGGUGUGAUGGGAUCUGGGAUGUAAUGUCAUGCCAGGAUGCAGUUAGUCUUGUACGGCGUGGAUUAAGGAGGCAUGAUGACCCACAGCAAUGUGCCAGAGAGCUAGUCAAGGAAGCAUUGCGCCUACACACAUCAGAUAAUCUCACUGUGAUUGUUAUUUGCUUGUCAUCUGUUGAAACCAUUGUUGAAUCAUGUCCACCACAAAGGCGAAGAUUCAGAGCUUGCUCUCUGUCUGAAGAGGCCCGAAAUAGAUUGAGGAGUUUGCUAGAGGGAAACUGAAUGUAAAUACAGUUCUCAUGAUUCACUAUUGUUCCUUUCAUAAAAAAAUUGAUUCAUGUUUGUAGGCUGUUGUUGAGUUAGAGGAAAGCAGCUAGCUAGCAUAGAAAAAAUGUUCCUUUCGUAGAAAAAUUGAUUCAUGUUUAUAGGCUGUUGUUGAGUUAGAGAAAAGCAGCUAGCAGUUUUGUAGGUAUAGACGAUAGUUGAUGAGGGCUGGGUGGUUUAGACCUAUUUAAGUGAGGUGCUUUCUGUGUUAUUUGGAUGGUUUUGAGAGAAAUGUAUCUAGCUAAUUUUGGCGGGAACCGUGGUGAAUUGAUUUCUGAUUGUUAAUCUGUAAAUAUACUUCUCACUAUUUAGGUAUACUCUAGCUCUUUGUUUGAUUCAUGGGAUGAGAAACUUGACAAUAAAUGUUCUAUGGUUUCAUGCUUAUAAAAAUGAAGCUUUCAAA